AUGGUCUUGCCUAGAAUGUUUACUAGUGCCUCCCGCAAUGCUUUUGUGGCGGCUAAGCGGUCUGCCAUCUUCAACAGAGGCUUGGCUACUGCUUCGCCUGCUCACGGUAAGGUCAGAGCCGUCAUUGGUGCCGUUGUGGAUGUCCACUUCGAAGACGGUAACUUGCCCGAAAUUCUUAACGCUUUGACCUUGAAGAACGGUGAACAAGACUUGGUCUUGGAAGUCGCCCAACACUUGGGUGAAAACACCAUCAGAGCCAUUGCUAUGGACGGUACUGAAGGUUUGGUCAGAGGUACCAAGGUCACCGACACUGGUGCCCCCAUCUCGGUCCCCGUCGGUAGAGGUACCUUGGGUAGAAUCAUCAACGUUGUUGGUGAACCCAUUGACGAAAGAGGUCCCAUUGAAUGCAAGGAAAGAAAGCCCAUUCACGCUGAACCCCCUGCCUUCAUUGACCAAUCCGUCGAAGCCGAAGUUUUGGAAACCGGUAUCAAGGUUGUCGACUUGUUGGCCCCUUACGCCAGAGGUGGUAAGAUUGGUUUGUUCGGUGGUGCCGGUGUCGGUAAGACCGUGUUCAUCCAAGAGUUGAUUAACAACAUUGCCAAGGCUCACGGUGGUUUCUCGGUGUUCACUGGUGUCGGUGAAAGAACCAGAGAAGGUAAUGACUUGUACCGUGAAAUGAAGGAAACCGGUGUCAUUAACCCCGAAGGUGAAUCCAAGGUCGCCUUGGUGUUCGGUCAAAUGAACGAACCCCCUGGGGCUAGAGCCAGAGUUGCCUUGACCGGUUUGACCAUUGCCGAAUACUUCAGAGAUGAAGAAGGUCAAGAUGUGUUGUUGUUCAUUGACAACAUUUUCAGAUUCACUCAAGCCGGUUCGGAAGUGUCCGCCUUGUUGGGUCGUAUCCCCUCGGCUGUCGGUUACCAACCCACUUUGGCCACUGACAUGGGUCUUUUGCAAGAAAGAAUUACCACCACCAAGAAGGGUUCCGUCACCUCGGUCCAAGCCGUCUACGUCCCCGCCGAUGACUUGACUGACCCUGCCCCCGCCACCACUUUCGCUCACUUGGACGCCACCACUGUGUUGUCCAGAGGUAUUUCGGAAUUGGGUAUUUACCCCGCCGUCGACCCCUUGGACUCCAAGUCGAGAUUGUUGGACGUUGAAGUUGUUGGUCAAGAACACUACUCCGUCGCCACCGGUGUCCAAGAAACUUUGCAAGCUUACAAGUCGUUGCAAGAUAUCAUUGCCAUUUUGGGUAUGGACGAAUUGUCUGAACAAGACAAGUUGACCGUCGAAAGAGCCAGAAAGAUCCAAAGAUUCUUGUCGCAACCCUUCGCUGUCGCCGAAGUCUUCACUGGUAUCCCCGGUAGAUUGGUUAGAUUGCAAGACACCAUCAAGUCCUUCAAGGAAGUCCUUGACGGUAAGCACGAUGACCUCCCCGAAAACGCCUUCUACAUGGUUGGUGGUAUCGAAGAUGUCAUUGCUAAGGCUGAAAAGUUGGCUGCCGAAACCGCUUAA